GUUGUUGCUGGUGGCAGGCCGCAGUGAUCUGGUAGCCGCUGCAGUAGGAGGAAGGACCGCGGUUCUACCCCUUCUAUCUUUCAGUUUCGCCUCAAAAUCUAUCUUGGUGUUUCCUUCUGCCACCGAUCGAUACAUUGCGCGUACGGCCAAGGUAUUCUAUGAUAGCCCAGUCGUAGUAUUACCGUCGGACAGUGACAGCAAAUCGCCAUUUUAAUCGCACGUUUUCCCGUCUGACAGAAGCGCUAGCACAACAAUGGCUCUGAAAAGAAUUCACAAGGAGUUGAAUGACUUGGCACGGGACCCACCAGCCCAGUGUUCUGCAGGACCAGUAGGAGAUGACAUGUUUCACUGGCAAGCCACAAUAAUGGGACCUAAUGACAGUCCUUACCAGAGCGGGGUUUUCUUCUUGACCAUACACUUCCCCACAGACUACCCCUUCAAACCGCCAAAGGUUGCGUUUACCACAAGAAUCUACCACCCAAAUAUCAACAGCAACGGCAGCAUCUGUCUUGACAUCCUGCGAUCACAGUGGUCUCCGGCUCUCACCAUCUCCAAAGUUCUCCUGUCCAUCUGCUCUCUGCUGUGCGACCCAAACCCGGACGACCCCUUAGUACCCGAGAUCGCCCGCAUCUACAAGACGGACAGGGAAAAGUACAACAAAAUAGCUCGGGAAUGGACACAAAAGUAUGCAAUGUAGUGUUGGGGGUAAAAAACAUGGCCAACCACCUCUACGACGUAAGGUUAGGGGAGCUUCAGACGUAAAGAGAAAACAAACAAAAAAACCAUACAAACAAAUGAAAAGUUUAAAACAAGAUCUUGUUGGUUUCCAUUGGAGUGCUUUCUUUGAGCCACGCCUCCCCUUCACCAGAGUACCUGUAAAACUCCCUCUGCCCACCCCCCCCUUUUUUCUGUCUCUUUCUCUUCUCUCCCCCGACUCUAUCUCCCCCCCCGCCCCCCCUCCUCUCCCGCCUCUCAGCUCACCUGUCCAUCCUCCAGUGUACAUACUGUAUUGUCAACAUGCAAUGGUAAAAAAAAAAACAAACCGUCUCUCCCUGCUCCUCCCUCAGCGGUGACCUCUGACCCAGUCUCCUGACUUCCUGUAUUCCAUUACGUUUUGUCACCGAGCAGGUUGGGCUGCCUCCGAUCCUCCUGACCCCCCCCUCCCCUCCCUCCCACCCUCUCCCUUUUUCCUACACGCCUGCAUCCUCACCCACCAUCACUAAAAGCAUUCCUUUGAGCAUCUGUAAAGCUUUCCGGGGACCGUAUUUUGUCUUUAUUUCCCCCCCCCUAAUUCUUAUUUUUUUUUUUAAUUUUAUUUUAGGGGGGAGGGGGACAUUAAGCUAGAGGGAUUUUUACACUCUGCACCCUUUCUUGUUUUGUUGUCCCGGUGAUUUCCAAUCUGUAGAGGUGACAAUUCAAGAAAGAAGUUUUCGCACGCGAGUCAAAGGGCACUCUGUGUUUUAUACAACAAAUACUUGCGGGCUACGCAUAAUGGAAAAAAAAAAUAAAUACACGUGGCCUAUUUUGGUCUUCUGUUGGAAUCGUAUGAAAGGACUUGAAUUUAUCCCCCACACCUCCUGCUCCUCAUUCCUCCCCCGGCCCUCCUCACCCGAGAUGACCCCCCUUUGUACACACACACACACACACAGAGACACAACAUGCACGCACAACUGUAACCCCAUGUCGUCCCCCCCAUCACCACCACCACCACCACCACCACCAUUACCAUUACCACCACCUUUUCUUUAUUCACAAAGUGGAGGUUCUGGACCAGGUAUUUAAGCAAUUCAUUUUUCUUAGUUUAACCUGUGUUUUUAUUUCCCACUCCCAUAAUUCUUUAGGUUGCUUUUUCUUUUUUUUUUUUUCCUAUUUUUGUUUUCUUUCUUUCUUUAUUUUAUUAUUAUUAUUUUUUUUUGCUAUUGUUAAAUUAGAGGCUAACAUCUUAAAUGGCUAUGGGACUGGCUUGGGCUCUGGGUGCGAGGAGAACCCACUCUCCUCGCACAAAACCUCUGUAUAUUGAAUUACCUGAGAGGCUCGUUGAGCUUUGUGUGUUGAUUAAACUGUGUAAUAAAAA